AGCGCCAGGCUUCGAGGCCACUCCCAGAGAGAGCCCAAGAUUCUGACGCAAUGAGGAAGCACCUGGGCGGAUGGUGGCUGGUCAUUUUUUGCAUGCUGCUCUUCAGCCACCUCGCCAUGGUCAAGGCACGGGGCAUAAAGCACAGGUUCAAGUGGAACCGAAAGGCCUUGCCGAGCACCUCGCAGAUCACCGAGGCCCACAUCGCCGCCCCCGAGAACCGCCCAGGAGCCUUCAUCAAGCAAGGCCGGAAGCUGGAUAUCGACUUCGGGGCCGAGGGCAACAGGUACUAUGAGGCCAACUACUGGCAGUUCCCUGAUGGGAUCCAGUACGACGGCUGCUCCGACGCCAACGUCACCAAGGAGAUGUUUAUCGCCAGCUGCAUCAAUGCCACCCAGGCGGCCAACCAGGCGGAGUUUUCCCGGGACAAACAGGACAAGCUUCACCAGCGGAUCCUCUGGCGGCUGAUCCGGGAGCUCUGCUCCAUCAAGCACUGCGAUUUCUGGUUGGAACGCGGCGCAGGACUGCGGGCCACCGUGGACCAGCCCCUGAUGCUCUGCACGCUGCUGCUGCUUUGGCUGCUGGUGAAAUAAGCUCGCGGGGCAGCUGCAGCCGCAGAGCCGAGUGGGCCGGCGAGCCCUGGAGAGAGCUGCCUAGCUCAUCCCCCUCCAGCCCCGAACCACACGUGUGCUGAAGGUACCAGGGACGUGAUUCGUGCCCCGAUAUUCACCCCGUGUUUGUUUGUACUUGAUAAAUGUGAACGUGUUUGUCAACCCCCCUGCAGGCUCUACCAGCUUCUCCAUCCCCGUAUUCUCCGCUCCUAGUCGAGUGCCUGGCACACCGUAGUAGAAUGAAUGUUAGCUGCAUCAGUAACAGAGCGCAUCAAGGACUGUGCCAAGCACUUCAUGACACUUCCUAACAACUUAGAGGUAGGUGUUCGUCCUCUUUUACAGAUGAGAAAACAGGCUCAGAGAGGCACACUUGCUCACCCAGAGUCACAAAGCUUGAAAGUGGUAGAGCUGGGAUUCAAGCCUCUCUUGUCUAACCCCACGUUUUCUGUUCUGUCCAGUCCCAGAGCUGUGUCAUGAUCACUUUUUGGCUCUAAAGGACCCAAAUCCAGACAUAUAGCUGAUAUGACACUGUGGCAGCUCCACUUCUAGAAAUAAACGGAAAGACCUGAGCCUAUGGCUGUGUACUUUGAAACCUAGUUACAGAGGUUAGUUUAAUCCUUCUAAUUAAACUAAAAUAAAGAAAUUAACAUAGAAAUAAAGCUAGACACAGGCUCAGAAAUCACACUGUACAGAACUAUUGCCAAGUUGAUUCCCAGCGCAGACCCAAUGUACACCAGGAUGUGUCUGUAGCAUGAAGAUUUUUUUUUUCCCACAAGAAGGGUAAGUGUUUGCUGUUCCCAUUCCUGAAAUAUUCCAUGUAUUUAAGAAAAAAAAUUUGAUGACGUUUUCUUCUAAUAUUCCCCUCAUCCUGUGUGCAUAUUUUAUAUACACCCAUAAAAGCAUAUUUAAAUACACACUUUUUAGAUAGGUGAUGUACCCAGGUUCUACCAUAAUUGAACAGCUCUUUUAACAUCACUUUGGCAAGAGGCCAUCAUUUCUGUAAACCAUUGUCACUACAAAAAUGAAGGU